UAUAUAUAUAAGCAAUACUCCAUUUAGCUGUGAAAACAAAGUAACAAAACCAAUCUCUCUGAAAUCCUCCAUCUUAGUCAUGGAGAGAGUCCAUAUCCAACCUUUUCUCCUCCCCAUCCUUUUGUUCUUCUCCCUCUCCUUUUUGGAGGCCGAAGCACAGAGCGAAGCACAAGCUCUCCUCAAAUGGAAGUCCAGCUUGUUUCAGGCAGAUGCUCUGAGCUCAUGGUCCCUUGCCAACUCUACCAGCGCAUGCAGAUGGUUUGGUGUCCGCUGCAACUCCGCAGGCAGCAUCGUGCAGCUGAGCUUACCCAAUGCCAACCUCAACGGCACCCUCGAUGAAUUCGACUUUGCUUCUCUGCCCAGCCUCACCAUGCUCGACCUCAAUACCAACCUCCUCAACGGCUCCAUUCCUUCAAAUAUCUCUGCUCUCUCCAACCUCACCUCUUUAGACCUCAGCAGCAACUAUCUCGCUGGGCCGAUCCCAUAUCAGCUCAGCAAUCUCCGAAAAGUGCGCCAUUUAAAUCUUGGAUUCAAUUCCUUGGAGAACCCAGACUACACCAAGUUCACCCCAUUGCCUUCAGUGACAAACUUAUCUCUAUACAACAACAGUCUGACAGGGAAAUUCCCACCAUUCGUACUCAACUGCACCAAUUUAACGUACCUUGACCUCUCAUAUAACAACCUGAUGGGUAAAAUACCCGACUCACUCUCGACCAAUCUAUUUUACCUCGAGUCCCUGAAUCUUACCGAUAACUUCUUUGAAGAAGUCAUUCCCGUUUCCCUUGCAAAUUUGCCGAGGCUUCAAAACCUUCAUAUUGGAUCGAACAAUCUCACCGGAGGGAUCCCGCCUAUCCUCGGGUCCAUCUCCGGCCUUCGAAUACUCGAACUCUAUAACAAUUCACUCGGUGGACCGAUCCCUUCUUCUCUAGGGCAGCUGCGGAUGCUUGAGCGCAUCGAUAUCAAAGCAGCAGCAUUGAACUCCACUAUUCCUCCGGAGCUCGGCCUGUGUACUAAUCUCACCUACCUUGAGCUGUCCCUCAAUCAACUCACAGGUGGCCUGCCACAAUCCUUCUCGGUGCUAACCAAAAUGAGCGAGUUCGUGAUCUCGGGCAAUUCGCUCUCUGGUGAGAUCUCGCCGGACUUCUUCACAAAUUGGACGGAGCUUAUUUCCUUCCAGAUACAGAACAACGAGUUCGUUGGGCGAAUCCCACCGGAGAUUGGAUCGGCCACAAAGCUGCAAUUCCUAUUCCUCUACAACAACCACCUAUCAGGUCUAAUCCCUCCAGAGAUUGGGAGGUUGGCCGACUUGCAGGUGUUGGAUCUGUCGGCAAAUUUUCUUAGCGGUCCAAUCCCCAAAACAAUAGGAAACCUCACACAGCUCACUUCCCUGGCCCUCUUCUACAACAGCCUGAACGGCACAAUCCCAGCAGAGAUCGGAAACAUGACGGCACUGGCUACUCUAGACUUCAACACCAACCAAUUGGAGGGGGAGCUGCCGGCCACCAUUGCCCAGCUUCCAAAUCUUGAGCUCAUAUCAGUCUUCGACAACCACCUCAGCGGUGGCAUCCCUCGAGACCUCGGCCAGAAUGGGCGUCUGUACAAUGUCAGCUUUUCAAACAAUAGCUUCUCAGGGGAAUUGCCUCCAGCUUUAUGCAACGGCUUCGCUCUUCAGCACUUCACAGCGGAUCACAACAACUUCACAGGCUCGCUGCCGGCUUGCUUGGGCAACUGCUCGGGACUUCUCCGACUCCAGUUGGGGUCGAACCACUUCUUUGGGUCGAUUCCUUCAGAGUUAGGUGAUGCUACCCAGCUCACUUAUCUUGAUCUUUCAGAAAACAAAUACACUGGUCCGAUACCAACCAAGCUUGGUAAUCUUGCCCAGCUCACUUAUCUUGAUCUUUCAGAAAACAAACUCACCGGUCCGAUACCAACCAAGCUUGGUAAUCUUGCCCAGCUCACUUAUCUUGAUCUUUCAGAAAACAAACUCACUGGUCCGAUACCAACCAAGCUUGGUAAUCUUGCCCAGCUCACUUAUCUUGAUCUUUCAGAAAACAAACUCACCGGUCCGAUACCAACCAAGCUUGGUAAUCUUGCCCAGCUCCAAUCACUGCACUUGAACAAAAACAGUUUGAUUGGUCCAAUACCAAACGAAAUUGGUAAUCUUGCCCAGCUCCAAUCACUGCACUUGAACAAUAACAAUUUGAUUGGAGAAAUACCUUCUUCAUUGAAGAACUGCAAGCAGCUGGUUGUUUUGGACCUCGGGGACAAUGGAAUCCCUGGAAAUAUUCUAGAAUGGUUAGGAGAGAAACUUUCAUCAUUGAGGGUCCUCUGUCUAAGAUCGAAUAUGUUAAGCGGUAGCAUUCCUCCUCAGCUAUCACUUCUGUCUUCGCUUCAGCUCUUAGGCCUUGCAGACAAUAAUAUCUCUGGAAGUAUCCCGCAGAGUUUGGGCAAACUCACUGCGAUGGUAGAAGGCAUGCAAGAAAGGAAAAAAACAACGAACUCCUUGUACCGCUUUUACUACAGAGAGAGCGUUUCUAUAGUCUGGAAAGGAAGAGAGGCUGCUUUUCAAAAAACGCUUUCAUUAGUUGUGGGAAUCGAUCUUUCCGGGAAUUAUCUCCGUCAUGCGAUCCCUACAGAGCUAACAAAUCUUUCAGGGCUAGUUUUUCUGAAUCUCUCAAGAAAUCUUUUGGAUGGAAGUAUUCCAAAGAUGAUCGGUAACUUAAAAAAACUAGAAAUUCUUGACCUGUCCAUGAAUUACUUGUCAGGUACAAUUCCUCCGAGCAUCUCUUCUCUAACAUUCUUAGAUUCCUUGAACUUAUCAAGCAACCACUUGUCGGGACGGAUACCAUCCGGUCAUCAACUACAAACACUUGAUGAUCCAUCCAUCUAUAGUGGCAAUGGUGAACUUUGUGGAUUUCCCCUCACCAAAAGUUGUUCAAGUAUCCAAGCAUCCGAUGUUCAAUUGUUAACUGAUGAUGAUGAUGAAAAAUAUGGUUGUAUCUUAGCAUGGGACUAG